UUAACCAGGAAGCCAAAAUGGCGAAUAGAGGGAAGAACGCCCCGACCAAAAAUUUUGGGGGCGUUAUAGGUCUACUUCAAGGAGUGCUGGCUCCUCCGAAACUGGUCGUGGACAAAAAAACGAUAGAAAAGUCAUGGAAACUUAUGGACAAAGUCGUCAAAUUGUGCCAACAUCCUCGAAUGAAUUUGAGAAACAGCCCUCCAUUCAUCCUCGACAUUUUACCCGAUACUUACCAGCACUUGCGACUUAUUUACAGUAAACACGACGACCGUUUACAGACGCUCAAUGAAUGCGAGUAUUUUAGGAUUUUUAUCGAAAAUCUCAUGAACAAGUGCAAAAACACUAUUAAGUUAUUUAAAGAAGGCAAAGAAAAAAUGUUCGAUGAGAAUUCACACUACAGGAGAAAUUUGACAAAACUUUCCUUGGUAUUUUCUCACAUGUUGGCUGAACUGAAAGCUCUUUAUCCAAGUGGAGUUUUUACUGGUGAAAACUUCAGGAUUACUAAAAGUGAUGCAUCAGAUUGGUGGAAAAAGUCUUUUGGGGAUAAAACAAUUGUACCUUGGAAGAUUUUCCGACAGACACUCAAUGAGGCCCAUCCUAUCAGCUCAGCCCUGGAGGCUAUGGCUCUGAAGUCUACGAUAGAUCUGACAUGUAACGACUACAUAUCAGUCUUCGAUUUUGACGUAUUCACAAGGUUAUUCCAGCCGUGGAUAAAUUUGCUGCGGAACUGGAAUGUACUGGCAGUGACACAUCCUGGCUAUGUUGCCUUUCUCACUUAUGACGAGGUCAAAGCUAGACUACAAAAAUAUGUGACCAAGCCUGGCAGUUAUGUGUUCCGAUCAAGUUGUACUAAAUUAGGUCAGUGGGCCAUUGGCUAUGUCACUGCUGAGGGACAGAUACUGCAGACUAUUCCACAAAACAAAUCCUUGUGCCAAGCUCUCCUGGAUGGUCAGAGGGAAGGCUUUUUUAAGAAUCCGGAUGGUCGGAGUUUAAACCCGGAUCUGAGUUUCCUGGUCCAGGACUGCCAAGAAGACCAUAUCCAGGUUACAGAGGAACAGUAUGAACUUUACUGUGAGAUGGGAUCGACAUUUCAGCUGUGUAAAAUCUGUGCUGAGAAUGACAAAGAUAUAAAGAUUGAGCCAUGUGGCCAUCUUUUGUGUACCCCUUGUCUGACGCAGUGGCAGGAUUCCGAUGGUCAAGGGUGUCCUUUCUGUCGGUGUGAGAUCAAAGGGACAGAACAGGUUGUAGUUGAUCCAUUCACCCCACACGGCCACUGCCGAGGUAAUGAUAUGUACCGCUCCAUAAAUACCCACACUAACUUGGAUGACGAUGAUGAUCCAGAUGUUUUGGACUCCGGUCAGUGGGCGUCCAACAGUCUCCAGGCCCUUAGUGCUGUUAACAGGUGUCGAGACAACCGGUCACCGUUUGAGUCCCCAAGUGUUCCAAAACGAGAUUUACCCCCACCAGUCCCCCCGCGGAGAGCCUCACCAGCUCCAUCACCUAAUGUAUCGCCUACAUCAUCACCAAAACCUCCUCAUCGCAGACAGCUGCCCCCUACACCACCAGUAGAGGAUGCUCAACAGGAUAAACAUCUUAUUCCCCAACCCGUGCCAAAGAACGUAUGUACAGAGGCCAGUGAUGGAACAGGUAUUUCUUAUGCUGAGCUUCGCUACGAUGUUCCAACAAAUGCUAUUCCAGUGAGCGAGAACUAUGGUGGACAUUUUCCUCCCUCUUCCUUCCCUCCUGACUCCAUUUCAGCUUUUGAAUUACACCACACAGCAAACUCUCCACACAGUAGCUCAGACACCACGCAAAACCACAAUGAGUUGUCUGGCCACAAAGGAGGAACUAUUUUUUCCCUAACAGGUUCCGGAGCUAACGCCCCAUUGAGACGUGUCCCAACAGAUUAUGACUUGCCACCGUUACCUGCACCUAGGAAACCACCAGAAAACAACCGGAAGCUAGACAGUGGUGCUACUAUCCGUGGUGAUAUACCACUUCCUGUGCGGAAUCGUGAUAAGGCCAACGAAUUCUCAGACAGUAUGAAUGAAAACAGUGUUGACGAGGUGCGUGUGGAUUUUCUCAUCUCUAAAGGCUAUGACAGACUGCAAGUUGUGGAUGCUCUACGUGUUGCCAGAAAUAACAUUCAGAUGGCAGAGGAGAUCCUGAAAACGUUUGUGAGAAAUGUCAGCACAGAGAUGUAGGACGUAUUAAGGAAUUCUAAUAGUGAUUACAAUUUUACACAUAGCAUACUAGUGAAUAUAUUUUGAGGAAAUUGAAUAUUAAUUUAAUUCCUCAUUUUAGUGAAUUUUUUAAAAAUAUCUAUACUCUUCCACUAUGUGGUAAUGGACAACUUACCUUUAAUUGGCUGUUUCUAUUGAAACUCCAGAGCAUUGCGAAAAUCAGGGUGUCCUAUAAGAUGGCUGACAUUUUUAUUCAUUCAAUAGGAUGAUACUGAGACAAAGAUAAUAUUUUGUAAUAAAAUGAUAUGCCUUAAUUUUCUCGUGAGAAGUAUGUCUUAGUUUGAAUUCUGAUACCGUACCAGAAAUGUGUCUGUGGCUGUUAAGAUGACUCAGAUCUGUACACCUCAAUGAAAGCAAUGAAAAUGUACAUACUGAAUUCGACACUUUGCCAACAUCAAAAUUCAUAGAAAUUUCUGUCAUACUACAAUAAAGUGACAUUUCACUUCAUGA